AUUUCUAAGAAUCAAGUUGAAAUCCCUUUGAGGGAGAGAAAAUAUCUGUGCAGCAGAGGAGAAAGGGUUAUGUGUUUGGGUAGGGAGACGUCAAGAGAGAAUAGGGAAGGGUGUGCGUGAGCAUGCUCUGUUUGGGCUGACAUUGGAUGCCGGCUUAGCUUAGCCCUCUGUGUUUUGCACAAACACACCCAGCAGUAGUGACACCUACCACACUCCAGGGGACAGAGAGAACAUCGCCGGAAUAAAAGCACAGAAAAGGAAAACUUUAUCUGGGACUUUCCUUCUCUCACGAGCCUUCUCCUCUCAGGAAAUCCAGAGAGCGGGGCUUUGUUUUCCAAUCAGCAAAGGAUUAUUCUUCUAGGAACUGCUGUACACCAUACAGGAUUUGUAUUUUGAUUUAAACCAGCCUUUUUUCUUGAUGUAGAAAUUGUUUUUUAACUUCAAGCCUGCAAUUUUGGUGAAUGGUUUUCAAAGAGUGUAUACCUGUUAAAAGCUGCAAUGGUGCAGUGCCGAACAGUUCCUGAAAAUCUGGCACCAGGAGAAACAGAGGUGGAACUUGCAACAGGAUAAUUACGCAGGGUUGGACUGAAUCUACAGUGAGUUGGCUAAACUGCCUCGAGUUGCCUUCUGUUGCUAGUGGCUGAUUAGGCAAAUCGAGGGAGUGGCAGGCUGACCACACACCGACAGACUGCUUACAGACCGACGAAAUUUUCAAAGCUGUGAGCACAACAGAAAACAAAUCUGUGAGCGUUUCUGUUUCUUUGUGAUGGAGCAUAAUUGUCCAGUCACCAGGUCGGUGUUCCUUUUUUAGUUUGGAUUGAGUUUGGCAGGUUUGAUGGAUACUGGCUAAACUUAAAGGACGUCAGCGACUGUUUUUGCCUGUCGUUUCCAGCGAUUGAGGGACUUUGAAAUUUUUCUCAUGUGAGAUUUUGUAGGGGUUUUUUUUGGAUUCCAGACGUGAGCACUCUCCUCCUGUCCCAUUCCCUUGUGGGCAGUUAUUUUUCCAGCUAUUAAGGAUUUGUUUGCCCUUGCCUGGACACAGUCCUUAUUCUUUCAUUACAGCUCGCCCUGGACCCUCAUGAGCUUAUGCUUCCUAAAUGGGGGAGCAGGAGGAAGAAAUAUGAUCCUCUGUUUUGUGGUGUGUUUAGGGCAGCAGCAACCGUGUGUGGUUUCCAUGGAAAAGGCUAGAGAAAUAUGGCACAGAGGGGCUGCAUAAAUGCUCAACCUCUAUGUCUGUGGUCCAAGUGAAAUCGAAGCCGGCUAGCGUAGCACUGCAAGCUCCACCCUGGAACUCCUUGUUCAGACUCUUCUCAUGUGUAGCCACAAGGAACGUGCACAAGACUAAAGAGGUCCCCACAUUUCAAGAGAAGACGACAGCCUUAUUUGGAAAUCUUAUGGACGAAGAAAUGAGUCGCCAGACUGCCACCGCGCUGCCCACAGGAACCUCCAAGUGCCCCCCAUCUCAGCGCGUGCCCACCCUGUCAGGCACCACAGCCUCCAACAGUGACCUGGCCAGCCUGUUCGAGUGUCCUGUCUGCUUCGACUAUGUCCUGCCCCCCAUCCUGCAGUGCCAGUCCGGACACCUGGUAUGCUCCAACUGCCGGCCCAAGCUCACCUGUUGCCCCACCUGCCGAGGUCCCCUGGGCUCCAUCAGGAACCUGGCCAUGGAGAAGGUGGCCAACUCUGUCCUCUUCCCCUGCAAGUACGCCUCGUCGGGCUGCGAAGUCACCCUGCCUCACACCGACAAGACCGAGCACGAAGAGCUUUGCGAGUUUCGGCCGUACUCUUGCCCCUGCCCCGGCGCUUCCUGCAAGUGGCAGGGCUCCCUGGACGCUGUCAUGCCUCACCUGAUGCACCAGCACAAGUCCAUCACCACGCUGCAGGGGGAGGACAUCGUGUUUCUGGCCACAGACAUCAACCUGCCGGGCGCCGUCGACUGGGUAAUGAUGCAGUCCUGCUUCGGCUUCCACUUCAUGCUGGUGCUGGAGAAGCAGGAGAAGUACGACGGACACCAGCAGUUCUUCGCCAUCGUGCAGCUCAUCGGCACCCGCAAGCAGGCCGAGAACUUCGCCUACCGGCUGGAGCUAAACGGGCACCGGCGCCGGCUGACCUGGGAGGCGACGCCGCGCUCCAUCCACGAGGGCAUCGCCACCGCCAUCAUGAACAGCGACUGCCUGGUGUUCGACACGUCCAUCGCACAGCUGUUCGCCGAGAACGGCAACCUGGGCAUCAACGUCACCAUCUCCAUGUGCUAAGAACUUUACAGAGAAGAGGGUCAAAAAGUUACAGAUUGUUCGGGGGGCAUUUUUUUAGGAGGGGUCAAAUCAGUUCUGACCUCACGGCACCUCCCCCCUUCUCAGCCUCACCCCUUGACAUGUGGAACUGGACUGUCUGAUCGGGCAGCCGUGGAGGCCCUUGGUGGUGAGGUGGAUGGAUGGAUGAAUAAACACAAGGACAUAACUGUGUAGUGAUGGCUGUAGACUUCUAAACACACAUGUGAGACUCGUGCACGUACAUGCAGUCUCGCCCUCUAUUGGUCAUAAACACCAACUGAGAAGUUGUUCAAACUUGCUUGUCAAACUCGUCUCCUGGCCACGUGUCUGUCUUCGAGUGAUCCCCCGCCCCCAUCAGUCUCAUUUUAGUGUCUCUUUCCUCUCGGCCUCAGUCAGACAUUUCAGACACUACAGCUCUAAAGCCUGGAAGCUGCUUCACCCCCGACAAGCUACUAUUUCACCACGGACUCCUGGUCAGUGCAAGGAAGCUAGCCAGCUAUCUAGCUCUCCCUUUCUGUUCGUCACCCACCUCGGUUACCUCCCUGGAUUGAACGGUUUCCACUCGCAGGGCUUCAACAGUAGCUGUGGCUGCUAAUGACCGACUGGAACCCAGAAUCCAUAAAAAAACCCUUUCACCUGUGAGCGACGUGGCUAUCGAUGGCUGACUGGAACAGUCAUCUGUAGACAUGGAUGGCUGUAGCACCCCAAACCAUCCAUGCGUGUCCUGGAUGGAAAAACAAACCGGCAAAAGCUCAUUUAGUUUCUUUCUGAUCCACCCCGAGGCUAAAGAUUGUGCAUCUUUAACUAGUUGACUGUCGUCGUUGAUAGUUAUUAGACUCUGCUGUCAUACUGUAUGGAUUGAAGAAGGCCCUCAGCUACAUCAGCCCUGGACUUAGUUUGUUUUUUAUUAUUAUUUUCACACAAACACACGUCUGUUCCUUGCAUCACAGGUCUAAUAGUGGAUGAAUCGACCGAGGAACAGAGGUUUAUGUUUUUUUCAGAACAAGGAAAGAAAAAGAAACACUGCAUUUCAGUUUUUCUUUUGGGGUUUAUUUCUUAUGUCUGUCUUUUCUUUUUAAUUAGUUUUUUUUGUAUGACAAGAGAGAAGAACUCCUGAUAUUUGUGUGUGUGUGUGUGUGUGUGUGUGUGUGUGUGUGUGUGUGUGUGUGUGUGUGUGAGAGAGAGAGAGAGAGAGAAAGAUUCUGGCGUAAAAAAAAGCCUGCUCGUUUUCUCUCUUUCCUCUUCUUCUUUUCGUUUCUGCUCUGUCUUCUGCCGGCCUCAACCACUGAUUGACUGAUCACCCAACCAGGAAUGAGGGACAGUUUGUACCGUUACAAUGUUGCUAUUGUUAUUAUUAAAUGGAGAUUAUCAUAAUUAUCAUUUUUUGUAUUGAAUUUUAAAAACAAAAAUUAAAAAGGCAGUUGUAAAACUUGUGGCUAAACUUCAGUGUUUGUAGUUAAAAAGCAAGUUGUGUCGUUCUUCUGAAGGUUUGUUCUUUUAUUUCUCUCCAGAGUUGGGUUGUUUUCAUCUAUUUGUCUCUCUGUCCUCUUGUUUGUGUGGUAAGUCUUUUCUUUUUCCCCCCUAUUUUUUUUUUUUUUGUCUGAGGAGGAGGAGGGAGGUUUAGCCAAUCAUCUCUCACUUUCUCUUCAUGUGGAGUCUCAGUAAUGUUGCUGCUCUCCCUUGAGUCCUUGACUAUUUUCUGUUUUAAUUUGUCAUUAAAUAAAUCUAUCUUUUUCAUA